CUUGACCUUACAACCGUGUCACUCCGUAAAUUUCCGUAAUUUGAAACGGAAACUCCCGAACUAAGAACGUAUGACAGCACGAAAGAGGCCGAAACGAAGGUGAAGAACAGUUUACCGGCGGCGUAUAGGACACAAGGCAGUUAACACAAAACACUGAACAAAAUGAGUGGAACAAUCAAGGUUUUGGUGACCGGUGCUGCAGGCCAGAUUGCGUACUCCCUGGUCAGCUUCAUUGCCAAAGGGGAUGUCUUCGGAACUAACCAGCCACUGAGCCUGGUGCUGCUGGACAUCGCUCCCAUGAUGGGGGUCCUCAAUGGGGUUGUCAUGGAGCUUAAGGACUGCUCUUUCCCCUUGCUGAAGGAGAUCAUCCCAACGGACGACUAUGCGGUGGCGUUCAAGGAUGUAGACGUGGCGUUCCUGGUGGGGGCAAUGCCCAGGAAGGAGGGCAUGGAGAGGAAAGACCUCCUCGCUGCCAACGUGAAGAUCUUCAAGGGCCAGGGGGAGGCUCUUGACAAACACGCCAAGAAGAAUGUCAAGGUUAUUGUUGUGGGCAACCCAGCGAAUACGAACGCGCUGAUCUGCAGCAAAUACGCACCAAGCAUUCCGAAGGAAAACUUCACCGCAAUGACCCGUCUGGACCAGAAUAGAGCCCAAGCCCAGAUUGCUGACCGUCUAGGCUGCAAGGUGGAGGAUGUUCAGAAAGUGAUCAUAUGGGGCAACCACUCGGCCACCCAGUACCCUGAUGUACGCCACGCCACCGCGGUCGUAGAGGGAACCACCACACCUGUACAGAAGGCCGUCCAGGAUGACAACUGGCUGAAGAACGAGUUCAUUUCUACCAUCCAGAAGCGUGGUGCGGCAGUGAUUGCUGCCCGUAAGCUGUCCAGCGCCAUGUCGGCCGCCAAGGCUUCCUGUGACCACGUCAGGGACUGGUGGUGUGGGACACCUGAGGGAAAGUGGGUGUCAAUGGCCGUGUUCUCCGACGGCUCCUAUGACGUUCCUGAAGGCCUCAUGUACAGCUUCCCGGUACGCACCAAGCCCGACCACACGUACGAGAUCGUGAAGGGGCUCGACAUAGACGACUUCUCGCGUCAGAAGAUGGACCUGACAGCCAAGGAGCUGGAAGAGGAGCGGGCCACUGCCCUGGAGGUCUGCAGUGCUUGACUUGGAAGCCACAAGUUGUGAGCCACCUGCGUCGGCCAUUUUAUCAGUGAGCCGUAAAUGGCAGUUGUCUUAAUUAUAUAAGAAGUGUUCUUGGAAAACUGGGCAUAAUUCUUUUAUGUAAAUUUUCUUCCCAGAUUAGCAUGUGCAGUCCACACAGGCCAAUCAUGGGCAACACUUUCCUCCUUAACUUGGCUUUCUUUAAGAGGAGACUUCCUUUAAACCAAAAAUACCAUACAAGUGGACUUUUUUGGAAAACUUUCUUAACAUUUUUGUUGCUAAUUUUAUGUUGUUCAAAUGGUUCGUUUAUGUAAUAUCAAUAAUGUACAUCUUCACUGGUGAAGUGAUUUAUUUUUUGUUUAUAAUCAUUAUAAAUGACUUUGGCAUUUCUCUUGUUUAUGACUGAUCAAUGACUAAAAACGAUCAAGCUGAAUGUUUUUGCUUUUGUUAGAUGUUCGAGUGUUGUAUUUGCAUAUUAGUGCUUAGACAUCUAAUAGGAAUUAAAUAUGGAAAAAUGU